GAGCAGAUCCCAGAGGGGCUGUCCUCUCUGGGGGCUAUGAUCCUGGAGCCCAAAGAGCCCCCGGUGGAGCAUCCAUUGCCUGCAGACGAUGACCUGGACACACCCACCUCCAACACCUCCGUGGUCACCUCGACCAAUGGCAGUUCCACUACAGAGACACAAUACUCAGAGACAGAGGUCUUUAUCACCUACAGUACCAGUCAAAAGUUUGGACACAUCUACUCAUUCAAGGCUUUUUCUUUAUUUUUACUAUUUUCUACAUUGUAGAAUAAUAGUGAAGACAUCAAAACUAUGAAAUAACACAUAUGGAAUCAUGUAGUAACCAAAAAGGUGUUAAACAAAUCAAACUAGAUUUUAGAUUUUAGAUUCUUCAAAGUAGCCCUUCCUUUGCCUCGAUGACAGCUUUGCACACUCUUGGCAUUCUCUCAACCAGCUUCACCUGGAAUGCUUUUCCAACAGUCUUGAAGGAGUUCCCACAUAUGCUGAGCACUUGUUGGCUGCUUUUCCUUCACUCUGCGGUCCAACUCAUCCCAAACCAUCUCAAUUGGGUUGAGGUCGGGUGAUUGUGGAGGCCAGGUCAUCUGAUGCAGCGCUACAUCACUCUCCUUGGUCAAAUAGCCCUUACACAGCCUGGAGGUGUGUUUUGGAUCAUUGCCCUGUUGAAAAACUAAUGAUACUCCCACUAAGCGCAAACCAGAUGGGAUGGCAUAUCGCUGCAGAAUGCUGUGGUAGCCAUGCUGGUUAAAUGUGCCUUGAAUUCUAAAUAAAUCACCAACAGUGUCACCAGCAAAGCAUCCCCACACCAUCACACCUCCUCCUCCAUGAUUCACGGUGGGAACUACACAUGCGGAGAUCAUCUGUUCACCCACACCGCGUCUCACAAAGACACGCGGUUGGAACCAAAAAUCUCAAAUUUGGACUCCAGACCAAAGGACACAUUUCCACCGGCCUAAUGUCCAUUGCUCGUGUUUCUUGGCCCAAGCAGGUCUCUUCUUCUUAUUGGUGUCCUUUAGUAGUGGUUUCUUUGCAGCAAUUCGACCAUGAAGGCCUGAUUCACACAGUUGAUGUUGAGAUGUGUCUGUGACUUGAACUCUGUGAAGCAUUUAUUUGGGCUGCAAUUUCUGAGGCUGGUAACUCUAAUGAACUUAUCCUCUGCAGCAGAGGUAACUCUGGGCCUUCCAUUCCUGUGGCGAUCUUCAUGAGAGCCAGUUUCAUCAUGGCGCUUGAUGGUUUUUACGACUGCACUUGAAGAAACUUUAAAAGUUAUUGAAAUUGUCCAUAUUGACUGACCUUCAUGUCUUAAAGUAAUGAUGGACUGACGUUUCUCUUUGCUUAUUUGAGCUGUUCUUGCCAUAAUAUGGACCUGGUCUUUUGCCAAAUAGGGCUAUCUUCUGUAUAACCGCCCCCCACACACACACACACACCUUGUCACAACACAACUGAUUGGCUCAAACUCAUUAAGAAGGAAAGAAAUUCCACAAAUUAACUUUUAAGAAGGCACACCUGUUAAUUGAAAUUCAUUCGAGGUGACUACCUCUUGAAGCUGGUUGAGAGAAUGCCAAGAGUGUGCAAAGCUGUCAUCAAGGCAAAGGGUGGCUAUUUGAAGAAUCUCAAAUAUAAAAUAUAUUUUAAUUUGUUUAACACUUUUUUGGUUAUUAUAUGAUUCCACAUGUGUUAUUUCAUAGUUUUGAUGUAUUCACUAUUAUUCUACAAUGUAAAAAAUAGUAAAAAUAAAGAAAAACCCUUGAAUGAGUAGGUGUGUCCAAACUUUUGACUGGUAGUGUAUAUCCCCUAUAUAAUGCUUACUUUAAUUACUUCAUUUAACAAUCAGCCAUCAUAUCCCCCAGGAUUAUACUGUAAUCAUUCUCUGCUCCUCUGUAAUCUGAAGCAUAGAUUAAUCCUUCAUUAUAUCUCCUAUAAAACUCCAUAUCUCUAUUAAGAUUUAUCACAGAACAAUGGGAAACAAUAAUAAACAAUUUCCUGUUCAUCUGCAGCCCUGGUGAACCAUGAUUUUAAUCUGAGCCAUCCGCCAGAGACAAAUUGCAAUUCAACAGAAUGUACAUUUAAUGGCCUUAGCUUUUUGAACUGAAGGUUGGUGCGUGCCAGGCUGACAGAAUUUUCCUUGGGGAAGUAGCAGCUAACAGAGAAGGCCCCAAAGCUUAUCCUAGUGUAGAGAAUGGCUAGUGGAUACUAUUUCCACAUACAUAUUCUACAUUACCAAAAGUAUGUGGACACCUGCUUGUCGAACAUCUCAUUCCAAAAUCAUGGGCAUUAAUUUGGAGUUGGUCCCCCCUUUGCAGCUAUAACAGCCUCCACUCUUCCGGGAAGGCUUUCCACUAGAUGUUGGAACAUUGCUGCGGGGACUUGCUUCCAUUCAGCCACAAGAGCAUUAGUGAGGUCGGGCACUGAUGUUGGGCGAUUAGGCCUGGCUCGCAGUAGGCAUUGCAACUCAUCCCAAAGGUGUUUGAUGGGGUUGAGGUCAGGGCUCUGUGCAGGCCAGUGAAUUUCUUCCACAACGAUCUCGACAAACCAUUUCUGUAUGGACCUCGCUUUGUGCACGGGGGCAUUGUCAUGCUGAAACAGGAAAGGGCCUUCCAAAAACUGUUGCCACAAAGUUGGAAGCACAGAAUCGUCUAGAAUGUCAUUGUAUGCUGUAGCAUUAAGAUUUCCCUUCACUGGAACUAAGGGGCCUAGCCCGAACCAUGAAAAUCAGCCCCAGACCAUUACUCCUCCUCCACCAAACUUUAGAGUUGGCACUAUACAUUCGGGCAGGUAGCGUUCCCCUGGUAUCCGCCAAACCCAGAUUCGUCCAUCGGACUGCCAGAUGGUGAAGCGUGAUUCAUCACUCCAGAGAACGCGUUUCCACUGCUCCAGAGUCCAAUGGCGGCGAGCUUUACACCACUCCAGCCAAUGCUUGGCAUUGCACAUGGUGAUCUUAGGCUUGUGUGCGACAACUUGGCCAUGGAAACCCAUUUCACAAAGCUCCCGAUGAACAGUUCUUGUGCUGACGUUGUUUCCAAAGGUAGUUUGGAACUCGGUGGUGAGUGUUGCAACCGAGGACAGACAAUUUUUACACGCUACGUGCUUCUGCACUCGGCGGUCCCGUUCUGUGAGCUUGUGUGGCCUACCACUUCGCGGCUGAGCCGUUGUUGCUCCUAGACGUUUCCACAUCACAAUAACAGCACUUACAGUUGACCGGGCAGCUCUAGCAGGGCAGAAAUUUAAAGAACUGACUUUUGUUGGAAAGGUGGCAUCCUAUGACGGUGCCACGUUGAAAGUCACUUAGCUCUUCAGUACAGGCCAUUCUACUGCCAAUGACUGUCUAUGGAGAUUGCAUGGCUAUCUGCUCGAUUUUAUACACCUGUCAGCAACGGGUGUGGUUGAAAUAGCCAAAUCCACUAAUUUGAAGGGGUGUCCACAUACUUAUGGUAAAAAUACUGAUUACACGUUGACCUUGGUGGUUGUGGAAGUGUUAACUUCCACUUCUAUCAAACAGACAAUUUAUAUUUUCUGCAGUUUACUGUAGUACUCAAAACCACUAGCUGGACCUCAGCUUGUUUCAUCACAGUUCAAUCUAAACUCUAGGGAAAUACAUUUUUCACUGACAGUCAAACAUAAUUCUUUAUUUACUGGCCCACCUCAAAGCCAGAAAUCUUCUGGAAUAAAAAUGAUGGAUCAUUCCUGUGAGACAAGAGCUGGUGUGCCAUUUUGUGUUCUCUGCUGGUGGGAAAAGAGUUCGUUAUGGUGGUAGUUUUGGUGGUAGAUGUAGUAGUGGUAUAGUAGUAGUGAUAAACGUAAUUUGAGGCACUGAGUGCAGCUUGAGAAUGUCAUCUCAUGGGUUGGGCUGGAGAUAGAGAUGGGAUUAUUAGAUCCCAUAGUGAGACUGAGUCUGACUGAUGUAUUGAAAUUAACUGUGUGACUUCCUCUCUACAGGACCCCAAGGCUGUUGAACUGGGGAGUGACCAGGCAGACACUCCGGGCACUCCAGACACCCCCGGCCCCCAGCUUCCCCCAGCCCCGCAGCCUCCCCCGGUUCUCCAGAUUCCCUUGGUUCCAGACAACCCAUCUCUGAAGCCCAGUCCUCUAACUAACGGCCAACACUCCUCUGAGUCCCUCACAACCCCUAUCACAACCAUUGUUACCACCAACACUCUCCCUCCUCCCUACAACAACACCAACAGUGAGCCCCAGACAGAGAAGCCUGAGGGGCAGAACAGCACCUACACCCUCCCUGACCCUCCCUUUCCUGGCCUGGGGGGUGGCAUGUGUGCUGGGUAUGGCAGCCUGUCUCGAGGUGGUGUCCACCAGAGCUCCCUCCACACCUACUGGCCCUCCAGGAACUACCAGCCCCAGCCUGGGGGUCACUACACCCUGCCCCUGCUCAGGGACAUCUACGGCCAGGUGGGCCUGACCAACCAAACCGAGAGGGAAGGACCAGGGGACGCCACCCUGGGUGGAAUCCACCAGCUCAGACCCAUCACUACCAUGGAGCUCCUGAGGGAACCUUCAAGAACCAGGUUAGGAUAUGAGCUAGCUAGUUAGGAACAUGCAUGACAGCAGAACUCCCUAGCAGCAGAUCCAAGCUAGUAAGACUGGUGAGUUAUUUAAACUCAGAGGAUGGACAGUAGUAAAAGGACAUUUCAUUUUUGCCACACACAUAUUAAUACCCUCUCUGUAAAUGAGUUUACCCUUAACAAAAGCUAAUGCUUUCUUCAAGACAGGGCAUUGAUUUUCGCUGUGUGUAGGUAGUCAUUUGAAAAAUGAGGGCACAUUCUGUGUAAUGUUUGCUACUGACAAAUAGAAGAGGAGUCAUAUACUCUCUCAUUAUCUACAUAAAUGUUGUUUUAAGUGAAGAGAUAACUCUUCAUCAUACAUACUGACCCUCAAACUCUGAUUAAAUUGCUUGUAUGUAGUUUAUGAACACAUUUCCAAAAGAGGAGACUAGAGAAUCAUGCUAUGCAACUCAACACAAUAUUUCAGCUCAGUAUGGAUUAGAACCUGUCAAUGUCCAUAUUGCAUUCUAUAGCAGUGAGCCCCAGUAGGAGCUGUUAGCUGCAGUAGUCCCUGUGGUGUCAGCAUGGUGAGGAGGGCGAGACAGAUGACCAGCAGUUUAGGAGCAUGUGGUAUCAAUCAGGGGAGGCUGCCUGCCACCAGUCGAUAAAUAAGGAGGUUUCACCUGUAUUACUGACUGACAGCAGCACUUUCCUCAGCUCAUAAGCUGUGAAUGAGCUGUUUACAGAGGAUACUGGACACUAUCUCUCCUCCCUCUACCUCUCCCUCUCUUUCCCUAUCUUUUGCUCUCUCUCUUUCUCUUCAUCUAUCAGGAACUCAGGCUGUGAAGGUAAAAUAUCUGUUUGCACAACUGUUCAGAGAAAAUACCAGAGCAAAUAACAGUGAUUGUACAACAAAUAAAAUCUAAUUGUUUUCUGUGCUUUCUGUCUGUCUCUACAUGUAGGCCUAUCUCUUUCCCUUGUCUCAGCCCCCCCUCCUCACUUAACCCCUCCUUCCCUUUCUAUUUUUCCAGAGGUGGAUACGAGGAGGCUCUCAUGUCCCAGAUGGAUGGGGACCCCAUCUCCUUCUUCCAGGCCAUGUCCAGGGCCCAGAUGCUACAGUUCCCCCACAAGCGCAGCAGCAUGGUCAGCCUGGACAGCAUCCGUAAGGACCCCCGCUGGAGGGACCCCAACCUGAGUGAGGUCAUCACCAUGCUCAGCCACCCCAUGGACCCGGUCAAGUCCAACGCCGCCGCCUACUUGCAGCACCUGUGUUACGAGAACGACCACAUAAAGCAGGACGUCAGGCAGCUGAAGGGGGUUCCAGUACUGGUGGGCCUCCUGGACCACCCUAAAGCCGAGGUCCACCGCAAGGCCUGUGGAGCCCUGAGGAACAUCUCCUACGGGAAAGACCACCACAACAAGGUGGCCAUCAAGAACUGUGAAGGCAUCCCGGCCCUGGUCAGACUGCUGAGGAAGUCCAGUAACAUGGAGGUCAGAGAGUUGGUCACAGGUACAGUGAGCCUAUGACAGAAGUCCUAUACAAACAUCUCUGUGAUGGUUAUGAGACUCCCUGAUUAUUACCCAACCACCUCACUUUACUAACAGUAACUUACAUAUUAUUUUGCAUAUAGGAACCCUGUGGAAUCUGUCCUCCCAUGAGCCUCUGAAGAUGAUGGUCAUCAAUCAUGGGCUCCAGACGCUGACUGAUGAGGUCAUCAUCCCCCACUCUGGCUGGAGGAGAGACCUCACUGAGCACUCCAGACCCCAGGAGACAGAGUGGACUACUGUGUUCAAGAACACCUCAGGGUGUCUCAGGUACAAUAUGGCAGCUACAUAGAUGACAAGGUCAUGGAACCUUACACAAGAGUAAUUGAGGGUUUAUUGCUCCAUUAAUUGGAAGUUCCUAAAUUGGACGUAAUGGUAAAUUAGUUACUGACAGCUUGCUAAUAGUGACGCUAUGCUAACUUCAUCCGCUCCACUAAUAGACCUGUUUUGUCCCAGGAAUGUGAGCUCAGAUGGGGCAGAGGCUCGCCAGAGGCUGAGGGAGUGUGAGGGGCUGGUGGACGCUCUCCUCCAUGCCCUACAGUCAGCUGUCGGCAACAAGGAGACAGACAAUAAGGUGACCGCAGACAUUGUUGAGCACAUAUAAAUUCCAACUAAAACACUAUGGCUGGAGUGCAAAUCAGUACAUUAACCAAAAGUAUUCUGGACCACAUAUGAUAAUCAGAUCCUCCCUAUAUUCUAUGCAUCUGCUGUCUUUGAUGAUUAUCUUUGUGUUGUUUAUGCUCCUCUCUCUCAGUCAGUAGAGAACUGUGUCUGCAUCCUGAGAAACCUCUCCUACCACGUCCACAAAGAGGUGCCAGGGGCGGAGCGAUUUCAGGAACCCGUGGCCAAUCAGGUGCCACGAUCAGGAUCAGGAGGGAAGAAGAAGAACGAGGCAGACUGUUUUGGAGGGAAAAAGCCCAAGGGUCAGUUACAGUUUUUUUCAAUCACUUUGGCAAGUUUUUCAGAUGUAAGUGGUAUAUUUAAAAACUCUGAGUACAAAACUCUUAACUGAUAACACUUAAUGCCCCCUAUCUUAUGUUCAGAACCUUUGAUUGUGCAUUCAUUAGGGUUUAGUCAUUCAUGCAAAAUCUAAGUUUUCUGUGAAAUACCAUGAGCACAUUUUGUUAAAUCACCAAUACAUCAGAUAAUGACAGGCUCACCAGUCAGUCAUUUUAACUACCUUUUAAUCCAAUAGCAGAAAAUACAAGAUACACAUUUCAAAACUGUGCUUUUUGAAGUGCUAAAUAGAAAGAAUAGUACAUGGUAAAUACUAUUGACUAUAUAAAUUGACAUGUAUAUUUUCUUUUUAUAUAUAAUAUGUACCCAAUGGCAGGUUGUGAGCAUGUUGAGAAAUAUGUCAGUCUUAUAGUUUCAUUAUCCUUAUACAGUACAUAUGCAGGACAAAUCAUCAGAAAUAUGGGUAUUGUAAAGCAGUUGGCUACUGUAAAAACGUACCAUGGUGUUGUAUGCAAUUUCUGCAACAUUGUACAAGAUCAGUGGUGAUUUUAGCAUGUAAAUCUUGGUGGGGCAAACUCCCAAAACAUUUUUGGGGAUGCAAAAAUACAAUACAACUCAACACUAAACAACACAUUAAUUGCACUAUAACGGUGACAAACUUUGCCCACAAACUGUUAGGAACUACGUAAAGCUGUCCCACCAGCAGAGCUUUCUUUUCAGCACCAUGAAUCCUUACCACCGCUAUACCUGGCUAUCAGCAGAGCCUUGUCUGGCACCGAAACAGUUAAUUCAGCCUCAUUUACUGCCUUUUUUAAAAACAUAGCUGAUAUAGCUGACUUUCUUAAACAAAUGUGGUUUCUACUGACAAUUGAGAUGUACAAACUACGGCAUAAGGGAAUGAUGAGGUGUGGUCCUCUGUAGCUCAGCUGGUAGAGCACGGCGCUUGUAACGCCAGGGUAGUGGGUUCGAUCCCCGGGACCACCCAUACACAAAAAAUGUAUGCAUACAUGACUGUAAGUCGCUUUGGAUAAAAGCGUCUGCUAAAUGGCAUAUUAUUAUGAGCGGAUAAGAGGGAAUCCGUAAUUUCGAUUAAGUCAUUAAUGAGCGAGCUAAGUCGGCUGUAGCCAAUAUAACUAUUUGUUCAGCGCUUUUGAAAUGUACAGCGACAGAAUUCAUAACAUGGGCCGUUCUUACAGUAUUCUCCCUGUACACCAAGUCAGAACCGUAGGAUAAAUAAAGGGGUAUAUAAGCAGACAACGAAAGGUCUUACAAUGUUCGAUGAUGACAUUUCUCUAAAACAGGCUAUAGGCUACUGUGGCUAGCGAAAGUAUUCACCCCCCUUGGAAUUUUUCCUAUUUUGUUGCCUUACAACCUGGAAUUAAAAUGGAUUUUUGGGGGGUUUGUAUCAUCUGAUUUACACAACAUGCCUACCACUUUGAAGAUGCAAAAUAUUUUGGGGGGUGAAACUAACAAGAAAUAAGACAAAAUAACAGAAAACUUGAGCGUGCAUAACUAUUCACCCCCCCCCCCAAAGUCAAUACUUUGUAGAGACACCUUUUGCAGCAAUUACAGCUGCAAGUCUCUUGGGGUAUGUCUCUAUAAGCUUGGCACAUCUAGCCACUGGGACUUUUGCCCAUUCUUCAAGGCAAAACUGCUCCAGCUCCUUCAAGUUGGAUGGGUUCUGCUGGUGUACAGCAAUCUUUAAGUCAUACCACAGAUUCUCAAUUGGAUUGAGGUCUGGGCUUUGACUAGGCCAUUCCAAGACAUUUAAAUGUUUCCCCUUAAACCACUCAAGUGUUGCUUUAGCAGUAUACUUAGGGUCAUUGUCCUGCUGGAAGGUGAACCUUCGUCCCAGUCUCAAAUCUCAAGAAUUUCCCUGUAUUUAGCGCCAUCCAUCAUUCCUUCAAUUCUGACCAGUUUCCCAGUCCGUGCCGAUGAAAAACAUCCCCACAGCAUGAUGCUGCCACCACCAUGCUUCACUGUGGGGAUGGUGUUCUCGGGGUGAUGAGAGGUGUUGGGUUUGCGCCAGACAUAGCGUUUUCCUUGAUGGCCAAAAAGCUAAAUUUUAGUCUCAUCUGACCAGAGUACCUUCUUCCAUAUUUUUGGGGAGUCUCCCACAUGGCUUUUGGCAAACACCAAACGUGUUUGCUUAUUUUGUUCUUUAAGCAAUGGCUUUUUUCGGGCCUUUCUUCCGUAAAGCCCAGCUCUGUGGAGUGUACGGCUUAAAGUGGUCCUAUGGACAGAUACUCCAAUCUCUGCUGUGGAGCUUUGCAGCUCCUUCAGGGUUAUCUUUGGUCUCUUUGUUGCCUCUCUGAUUAAUGCCCUCCUUGCCUGGUCCAUGAGUUCUGGUGGGCGGCCCUCUCUUGGCAGGUUUGUUGUGGUGCCAUAUUCUUUCCAUUUUUUAAUAAUGGAUUUAAUGGUGCUCCGUGGGAUGUUGAAAGUUUCGGAUAUUUUUUUAUAACCCAAACCUGAUCUGUACUUCUCCACAACUUUGUCCCUGACCUGUUAGGAGAGCUUCUUGGUCUUCAUGGUGCCGCUUGCUUGGUGGUGCCCCUUGCUUAGUGGUGUUGCAGACUCUGGGGCCUUUCAGAACAGGUGUAUAUAUACUGAGAUCAUGUGACAGAUCAUGUGACACUUAGAUUGCACACAGGUGGACUUUAUUUAACUAAUUAUGUGACUUCUGAAGGUAAUUGGUUGCACCAGAUCUUAUUUAGGGGCUUCAUAGCAAAGGGGGUGAAUACAUAUGCAAGCACCACUUUUCCGUUAUUUAUUUUUUAGACUUUUCUGAAACAAGUUAUUUUUUUCAUUUCACCAAUUUGGACUAUUUUAUGUACAGUUGAAGUCGGGAGUGUACGUACACCUUAGCCAAAUACAUUUAAACUCAGUUUUUCACAAUUCCUGACAUUUAAUCCUAGUAAAAAUUCCCUGUCUUAGGUCAGUUAGGAUCACCACUUUAUUUUAAGGAUGUGAAAUGUCAGAAUAAUAGUAGAGAGAAUGAUUUAUUUAAGCUUUUAUUUAUUUCAUCACAUUCCCAGUGGGUCAGAAGUUUACAUACGCUCAAUUAGUAUUUGGUAGCAUUGCCUUUAAAUUGUUUAACUUGGGUCAAACAUUUCGGGUAGCCUUCCAUAAGCUUCCCACAAUAAGUUGGGUGAAUCUUGGCCCAUUCCUCCUGACAGAGCUGGUGUAACUGAGUCAGGUUUGUAGGCCUCCUUGCUCACACACACUUUUUGAGUUCUGCCCACACAUUUUCAAUAGGAUUGAGGUCAGGGCAUUGUGAUGGCCACUCCAAUACCUUGACUUUGUUGUCCUUAAGCCAUUUUGCCACAACUUUGGAAGUAUGCUUGGGGUCAUUGUCCAUUUGGAAGACCCAUUUGCGACCAAGCUUUAACUUCCUGACUGAUGUCUUGAGAUGUUGCUUCAAUAUAUCCACAUAAUUUUCCUUCCUCAUGAUGCCAUCUAUUUUGUAAAGUGCACCAGUCCCUCCUGCAGCAAAGCACCCCCACAGCAUGAUGCUGCCACCCCUGUGCUUCACGGUUGGGAUGGUGUUCUUUGGCUUGCAAGGUACCCCCUUUUUCCUCCAAACAUAACGAUGGUCAUUAUGGCCAAACAGCUCUAUUUUUGUUUAAUCAGACCAGAGGACUUUUCUCCAAAAAGUACGAUCUUUGUCCCCAUAUGCAGUUGCAAACCGUAAUCUGGCUUUUUUAUGGCGGUUUUGGAGCAGUGCCUUCUUCCUUGCUGAGCGGCCUUUCAGGUUAUGUCGAUAUAGGACUCUUUACUGUGGAUAUAGAUACUUUUGUACCUGUUUCCUCCAGCAUCUUCACAAGGUCCUUUGCUGUUGUUCUGGGAUUGAUUUGCACUUUUCGCACCAAAGUAUGUUCAUCUCUAGGAGACAGAACGCGUCUCCUUCCUGAGCGGUAUGACGGCUGCGUGGUCCCAUGGUGUUUAUACUUGCACACUAUUGUUUGUACAGAUGAACGUGGUACCUGCAGGCGUUUGGGAAUUGCUCCCAAGGAUGAACCAGACUUGUGGAGGUCUACAAUUUUUUUUCUGAGGUCUUGGCUGAUUUCUUUUGAUUUUCCCAUGAUGUCAAGCAAAGAUUCACUGUGAGUUUGAAGGUAGGCCUUGAAAUACAUCCACAGGCACACCUCCAAUUUACUUAAAUGAUGUCAAUUAGCCUAUCAGAAGCUUCUAAAGCCAUGACAUCAUUUUCUGGAAUUUUCCAAGAUGUUUAAAGGCACAGUCAACUUAGUGUAUGUAAACGUCUGACCCACUGGAAUUAUGAUACAGUGAAUUAUAAGUGAAAUAAUCUGUCUGUAAACAAUUGUUGGAAAAAUUACUUGUGUCAUGCACAAAGUAGAUGUCCUAACCGACUUGCCAAAACUAUAGUUUGUUAACAAUACAUUUGUGGAGUGGUUGAAAAAUGAGUUUUAAUGACUCCAACCUAAGUGUAUGUAAACUCCCGACUUCAACUGUAUGUCCAUUACUAUGUCCAAGCUCUGCCCUACCUGCCCUGAAUGACAGGUCGCCACUGUACAAGAUCACCUUUCUAUGUGACUUGUCAACUGAUACAGUAUUGACUGUCUCUCUGCUUACAGUGUAUCAAUGAAAUCAGAUAAUGAGUGGAAUACAGUAUAUUGUUAUACAUACAACCCAGGUAUUUCAGCAGUGCAUUGUACACUACACUAUAAUUCCAAAUGGUAGCACAUAGUGACUUUUUCCACUUUGUCCUAUUGAAGCACACUAGCUGAUUGAGAAUGAUGCUGUAGUAAUUAAGGCCACAUCCAGUUCAUUGUAUUGUUAACAAAUUACAAGAAAAUCAUAUAAAAAGUAAAGUGAAUAUUACAUUUUGAAAAGCAGAUAGAUUAAAUAUGUUUCCAAAUUAAAAGAGUGAUUUGGUGCAGCGAACAAGUGCCUUUGUGAAUUUGUUUGUUGUACUCGGUCAAUUGAAAAUGUGCUUAGAGUUUCUAAAAACGAGCCAUUUUGAUGAUCUGUUAAGAUUUUUGUGCUUAGAGUUGUGAAAAUGUACCACAUAGGUACCAAAAUUGCACUAAAGUGAUUGAAAAUAAACUGUAAAUUGGACCUCAUGAUGGCACUUUAUGAAUGGUUGUCAUUGCAGUUUGGCAAGAAUUGGGUGAUUUCUGGUGUGUAGUUUGUAUUGCUGUAAUGUUAUAUUUGACAAUGUCUUCCUUAUUUGUCUUUUGUUUUGUUUCCUUCCAUCAACAUGCACAAGAGGAGUGGUUCAAUCAAAGUAAGUCUGUCUAAAUAAAUGCAUUAUAUUUGAUAAUCAAAAAAUUAAGUUUCAUUCCAAAACGCUAUAAUAUAUACAUUUUCAGAAAUGUUGGUAAAACAGCUUUUAUUGUUUAAAUAAAUUAUGAAAAAGAUUGGUGUGUUUUCUCACUAUCUAAUCAUGGCAUGGGGUUGUUCAAUGAGAGACAUGUAUUUGUUUAAAAUCUAUUACUUGAUGGUUUCAUAUCAGAGAGACAAAUAAUCCUGUUUUUUGCAAAAUGCUAUUUAUCCGCCUCACUCUCAGAGCAAUAAGUUGUAUUGCUAGGUUUUACACAGUUAAAUGUAAUGAAUAACACAAUUUUGUAUAAAUAAAUGUACAAAUUAUACAUUUAUGACAUCAAUAUAAAAAAAAAAAUCACAAAAUAAUUCAAUACAGUAAUAUGAUGCUCUUGUCCACUGACUCUUUAGUCCAGGGGUUCCCAAACUUUUUCACCAGGCCCCUUCCAGCAUUGGGGAACAUCCCUCGCCCCCCCUGCGCGCCACGUCUAUUUCUCUGGGCACAAGCACUGUUCAUGACACAAACUGUUCACACCCCUCUUGUUGGCGGAGAGAAAAUGGAGCAGGUCUGAAGCUAAUUUCCUGCAAUUUUACACUUUGUCAUGGGGUGCAGUGGACAUUUUGCAGUUUUAAGCUAAUGUUCUUGCAAUUCUAUGCAUUUUGCCAUUUCUAAUGUGUAUUCAUGUGAUAUUUGAGUGACACAAAAAUUAUGACAGCUUUCAGGGGGGCGCGGGAUUUAAUAUAAUCGUCCGGAUUAGUGUCCCACCACUUGAAAGCAGCAGCUCUAGCCUUUAGCUCAGUGCAAAUGUUGCCUGUAAUCCAUGGCUUCUGGUUGGGAUAUGUACGUACGGUCACUGUGGGGAUGACGUCGUCGAUGCACUUAUUAAUGAAGCUGGUGACAGAUGUGGGAAACUCUAAAAUCGAUUAAUUACAAAUCUGAGAACAGCAAUAUUUUACACACACAUGAAGGUACCCAUAAGCAAUAAUUUCUGAUGAAAAAACACAAAUGUGAAAAAUCGGUGCAUAUAGCGUUUUGGAAAUAAACUUUUCAAAUACAUAAUAAUGUUCUGUCAACUAUGAGACACCAGGACCUCUUCUCUGUGGUUGCUUGCCCUGUUGUCUGUCUCGAGUCUUGAGCUUCAAUGGAAGACCUUGGUAUUUCUGACUCAUUAUCAUCAUUGUCAUGUCUUUAUACACUUCCCAUGUUUUGAUAUUUCCUAUUUAUUGUGUUUGUCAUACCUUGACAUUUCCAUUGCGCCUUGCGCUAACCAUGGUGUGCGUGUGUAUGUGUGUGUGUGUGUGUGUGUGUGUGUGUGUGUGUGUGUGUGUGUGUGUGUGUGUGUGUGUGUGUGUGUGUGUUUUGUCUAGGCUGGAGAAAUGGACCAACUGACAAAAAAUAUGGAACACUGGAUUUACCCAAACGCACACAACCAACGAAAGGUAAAGUUUGGAGCAUCUUUAGUGAUCUGUGGAUUGGUCAAGACAUGCAAUUUUGUAACUUAAUGAAGCAUUCCAAAGACUUACAGUGUGGAAAACCUUGACAUGAGGCGUCUGUAUUGUGCAUGAUGUAGAAUAGUUCCGAAUGUGUUAUAAUGUCAAGAAGUGACUGGAUUGUAUUGGAAACAAUCAGACACAAAAGUAGACUGUCUGAAUGCCUUGACAGAACGACAUGGUGCAUACAAACGCUGUAUGUCAGUUACUGUAUGAGUACAAUACAAUAUGGAAUAGCUUGAUGUGGUUGCUGUGGUUGCAGUGCCUUCAGGACGUAUUCAUACCCUUUGACUUAUCCAACAUGUUGUUGUGUUACAGCCUGAAUUCAAAAUGGAUUAAAUUGUUGUUGUUGUUUCUCACCAAUCUACACACAAUACCCCAUAAUGACAAAGUGAAAACAUGUUUUUUGAAAUUUUUGCACAUUUCUGAAAAUGAAAUACAGAAAUAUUUAAUUUACAUAAGUAUUCACACCCCUGAGUCAAUACAUGUUAGACUCACCUUUCGCAACGAUUACCAAUGUGAGUCUUUCUGGGUAAGUCUCUAAGAGCUUUGCACACCUGGAUUUAACAAUAUUUGCACAUUAUUCAUUUUUAAAUUCUUCAAGCUCUGUCAAGUUGGUUAUUGAUCAUUGCUAAACAGCCAUUUAAGUCUCUCCAUAGAUUUUCAAGCUGAUUUUAAGUCAAAACUGUAACUACGCCACGCGGGAACAUUCAAUGUCAUCUUGGUAAGCAACCCCAGUGUAUAUUUGGCCUUGUGUUUUAGAUUAUUGUCCUACUGAAAGGUGAAUUUGUCUCCCAGUGUCUGUUGGAAAGCAGACUGAACCAGGUUUUGCUCUAGGAUUUUGCCCGUGUUUAGCUCUAUUCCAUUUAUUUUUAUCCCCAAAACUUCCCUAGUCCUUGCCGAUGACAAGCAUACCCAUAACAUGAGGCAGCUACCACCAUGCUUGAAAAUAUGAAGAGUGGUACUGUGAUGUGUUGUGUUGGAUUUACCCCAAACAUAACGCUUUGUAUUCAGGACAUAAAGUUAAUUUAUUUGCCACAUUCUUUGCAGUUUUACUUUAGUGUCUUAUUGCAAACAGGAUGCAUUUUUAUUCUGUACAGAAUUCCUUCUUUUCACUCUGUCAUUUGGGUUAGUAUUGAGGAGUAACUACAAUGUUGUUGAUCCAUCCUCAGUUUUCUCCUAUCACAGUCACUAAACUCUGUAACUGUUUUAAAAGUCACCAUUGGCCUCAUGGUGAAACCCCAGAGUGGUUUCCUUCCUCUCCGGCAACUAUGUUAGGAAGGACACCUGUAUCUUUGUAGUGACUGUGUGUAUUGAUACACCCUCCAAAGUGUAAUUAAUAACUUUAUGAUGCGCAAAGGGAUAUUCAAUGUCUGCUUUUUUUUACCCAUCUACCAAUAGGUGCCCUUCUUUGCGAGGCAUUGGAAAACCUCCCUGGUCUUUGUGGUUGAAUCUGUGUUUGAAAUUCACAGAUAAUUGUAUGUGUGGGGUACAGAGAUGAGGUAGUUAUUCAAAAAUCAUGUUAAACACUAUUAUUGCACACAGAGUGAGUCCAUGCAACGUAUUAUGUGACUUGUUAAGCAAAUUUUUACUUCUGAACUUAUUUAGGCUUGCCAUAACAAAGGGGUUGAAUACUUUUUAUUAAUUUGUAAAAAUGUUAAAAACAGAAUUCCACAUUGACAUUGUAGGGUAUUGUGUGUAAACCAGUGACACAAAUCUCAAUUUAAUCAAUUUAAAAUUCAGGCUGUAACACAACAAAAUGUGGAAAAAGUCAAGGGGUGUGAAUACUUUCUGAAGGCACUAUAUAUUGUGUGUCUGUGCUUUUGUGUUUGAGGUGGGGGCAGUGAGCGGAGUGAACAGCUAUUGUAGGUUAUAUUCAGCGUUAAAUGAAGGGAUGAUUUUGUGUCAUGAUGUGAUUAUAAGGCACUAUAGCUUUACUUUGUGUAUGAAAUAUAAUGUGUGAUUUAAGCAGGCAUUGUGUGAUAUCCCAGACUGUUGAGAGGAUUCUGUACUAGUCUUUGACAUUCAGAAGAUCCCACAGAAGAUUAAACCUUAGGAAAGAAGAGAGUUGUAUAAUUGAAUGGAUUAUAAAACUCUCUUCUAUAUGACAUUGACAUCAUCGUAGCAGCUCUGCCGUUGUGGUUUGAAUAUAAUCAGAUACAUACAUAUUUAUAAGCGAAACACAAUGCAAGGCAAGAGAAAAAUCUUUCCCUGAGCAUUGUUGAUGUCUUUUGAUGUAGAAGUCCAGACAGGUUCAAAGGGAACGUUUGGUCAUGGCCCACCAGAGCCCAUCUGAGUGUUGGUGAGAGGAUUACUGAUGACACUGGGUAGCAAUGCAGGUAGCACAAGUCUACAGGUCUGUAGAAAAUCUUAUACCCCCAACAGAACCUGUGCGUCCGGAUGUGGAGCCCUCCUGCGCUCCUGCCAGCGGCUGCAAUCAUUGUGAUAAUCAGGUUACAGGCCUAUGUAAGGAUUAGACAGCAUGUAAGCCUUGGAGCCAGCAGCAGCCACCCAGCAGCUUCUGCUUCAGCUGGCUGAAUAUGGAUGGAAAGACUCUGGAGGACAGGCUGUAACAGAAUUGCUGUGUAUUUUCACCCCUUCUGUACUCUAGUCAGGCUGCUGGGGAUGUGUGUGUAGCUAGAAGCGUCUCACUCCAGUAGAAUAGUACAGUCUGUGAGUGAAUAUGGUUGAAGUUAGUGGGGGAUACCGUAUGUAGACAGAUAGAUGGAUUUCUUAGCAGAGAAGAGCUCUCUGAGAGCUGAUAGGAGUUGGAGCCCGCAGUAUCCAUUUGUUAAUAAUAGAAUAGAAAUCCAUGUUUACAUGCUGUGUGGGUGUUUGCGCGUGUUUGUACAAAACGAAAGUUGGGAGUUGGGAAAACAUUUUGUAAUUUCAAACACAGUCCAAAUCCCCUAGCCAGGCAGAACAUUCCUUCAACAUAAAAGCAGUGUGAAUAUUUAAUACACACACACACAAGCAUGGCUGAGCUUUAAUUGGUGUUAUCAUCUUGUGUACAUUAUAUAUUAUUAUAUACUAUUUGUGAAAUACUAAUCCAAGGAUAAUUUUGUGCUUCAUAGCCUGACUUUGAGCUUCAUAGCAUAUCUGUAUUCUCUAGAGGAAUCAUCUGAUAGCUGAUCAAUCUUUGCUCCUUGUCUUGCAGUGCUCUGUCCAUGGUUCUGGACCAAGAAACCAUGACUAUGAAAGAGAUUUUGUCUUUGAUGUCAUAGGAAACUACUAUUGCAUUUUUCAUAUCAUCCUGCUCUAAGUCAUCAAACUUUGGCCUAAAAACUCCAAGCUGUCAGAAAAAGUAUACUGUACUACUUCAUAAAACAAACAGUAGGGUACAAGUCCUCAGUUUUAUCACAUCUGUGUUUCACUAUGAAGUCUGAACUGUGCUAGCUUUAUAAGCGCUAUAUGUGCUGUUUGGUUGCUGAUUGGUGGCUGGUGGCUUGAGAAUCCACUGUGUCCCAUCAUGUCAGUUCCAAUGUGUAUGAGAGUUCUCUACUGGUUGCAGAUGUGCUGUUUCUCUCUCUCUCUCUCUCUCUCUCUCUCUCUCUCUCUCUCUCUAUCUCUCUCUCUCUCUCUCUCUCUCUCUCCCCCUCUGUCUUUCUCUCUCUCUGUAGGUCUGGAGCUGCUGUACCAGCCGGAGGUGGUGAGGCUGUACCUGUCUCUUCUCACUUGCAGUCAAAACCACAACACCCUGGAGGCAGCAGCUGGUGCUCUGCAGAACCUUGCUGCAGGACACUGGGCUGUGAGUGAAGGGCAAUGAGGGAGACGUUUAUCUGAGGCUGUGGGAGAACAGAGUGUUUGCUUCUCAUCCUCUCUCUAUUUCUCUCUCUCUCUCUUUCUCUCUGUGUGAAGGGUUGAUUGAAGUGUGGUGUGUGGUUGAAGUGUGGUUGAAAAGCUAUCAUGUAUAUAAAAGUAUGAUGUGUAUGAAGCCUCACAAGUAGCACAAUAGAAGUGUACAAUUUAUUCAUUUACAUUUUAGUCAUUUAGCAGACGCUCUUAUCCAGAGCGACUUACAGGAGCAAUUUAGGGUUAAUAUAUGUUCUAUUAUUCUCUCUCUCUGUGCCUUUUCUCAGUGGUCCAGUUACAUCCGGGCCACAGUUAGGAAGGAGAAAGGUCUUCCUGUCCUGGUGGGGCUACUGCGUUCAGAUGGUGAUAAAGUGGUCCGGGCUGUAGCUAUUGCUCUCCGCAACCUUGCCAUAGAUCGACGGAACAAAGACCUCAUAGGUACACGCAUAUAAACACGUAUGCACACAUAAAUGCAUGCAUGCAUGCACGCAUGUGCACACGCACGCACGCACACACAUAGAUUAUAGAUUAUUUUACCCUUUGCCCCACAGGGAGCUAUGCCAUGAGGGACCUGGUCAGUAACCUGCCCUGUGGUCAGCAGCGGCCAGCCAAGAACCUGGAAGGGGACACAGUGGUGGCCAUUCUGAACACGAUCCAUGAGAUCAUCUCAGACAGCCCUGAGAACACCCGUGGUCUCAUACAGGGUCACGGCAUCCAGAAACUGGUAGCCAUCAACAAGACAAGGUAGAUUAUCAUAGAAUAGUAUCUUUGGUGUUGGUUAUGGGAGUUGGUUUCAAUUGGCUAGAUGCUCAGUCCACCAUGCUACACUCUCUCCUUUAUGCUGGCUCUGGUUUAUUCUGUUGUUUCUUUGCUAGUCAAUCUGUGCGGGAUACCAAAGCAGCAUCUCAGGUCCUACAGACAGUGUGGGCCUACAAGGAACUGAGAAACCUUCUCUACAGGGGAGGCUGGAACAAGAGCCACUUUAAGGUUUCUCAUGGCAUGCUGUAGAAUGCUGUAUUCCCCAUUCACUACACAGUCCAAAUGGGUGGCACGAACACAAGUCUGUUAUUGAGCACUGUAUGGGACACAAUUAGUUAAUAAUGGCAUACUGUGUAUUCUUUCUUUUUUACUUUCAGUCAACAACUAGUGGAAUGCCCAAAAGAACUAAGAGUGGAAAGUCAGCCUAUGAUGACAUCAUACUCCCUCUGAUGGAGAAAAACCAAGGUCAGCAUGAGACUGUAGCUUCAGAAUAAGUGUGUGUGUGUGUGUGUGUGUGUGUGUGUGUGUGUGUGUGUGUGUGUGUGUGCAGGGAGAUUGUUCAAGAUUGAUGUCGAAAUUGGAAGUCUAUCCAUUCCUGAGGACAUCGGGAAAUGCCUUCAAACCCGGCCACUAGGGGGCAACAGUGAGCGCUAUUACCAUCAAGUAGGCUUGGGUAAUCCCAUGACUCUGGAUCAGAAGGUUAGAUGUUUGAUCCCAGUCGUGGACACUGUUUUUUUUGUUUUGUUAGUUUUUUUUCCCCUAUCCCAAACCUUAUCCUUUACCUUACCCAUUUGGAAUGAAUGCUUAAACUUAAUGUUUUAACCCUAUCCCAAACCUUAACCUUUACCUUACCCAUUCAGAAUGAGUGCCUAAACAUAAUGUUUUAACCCUAUCCCAAACCUUUACCCUACCUUACCCAUUCGGAAUGAGUGCCUAAACUUAAUGUUUUAACCCUAUCCCAAACCUUAUCCUUUACCUUACCCAUUUGGAAUGAAUGCUUAAACUUAAUGUUUUAACCCUAUCCCAAACCUUAACCUUUACCUUACCCAUUCAGAAUGAGUGCCUAAACAUAAUGUUUUAACCCUAUCCCCAACCUUUACCCUACCUUACCCAUUCGGAAUGAGUGCCUAAACUUAAUGUUUUAACCCUAUCCCAAACCUUAACCUUUACCUUACCCAUUCGGAAUGAGUGCCUAAACUUAAUGUUUUAACCCUAUCCCAAACCUUAACCCUUACCUUACCCAUUCGGAAUGAGUGCCUAAACUUAAUGUUUUAACCCUAUCCCAAACCUUAACCUUUACCUUACCCAUUCGUAAUGAGUGCCUAAACACAAUGUUUUAACCCUAUUCCAAACCUUAACCCUUACCUUACCCAUUCGGAAUGAAUGCCUAAACUUAAUGUUUUAACCCUAUCCCAAACCUUAACCUUUACCUUACCCAUUCGAAAUGAGUGCCUAAACUUAAUGUUUUAACCCUAUCCCAAACCUUAACCCUUACCUUACCCAUUCGGAAUGAGUGCCUAAACGUAAUGUUUUAACCCUAUCCCAAACCUUAACCCUUACCUUACCCAUUCGGAAUGAGUGCCUAAACGUAAUGUUUUAACCCUUAACUUCGGUUUGGAUAAAUGGAACAUACAGAGCAGCAGGAGUCAACCCAGGGUGUCAAAAACACUUGAUAUUUGAUAUUUGGAGCAAAUUCGAAAUUUUCCUCGUUUAGAGAAAGUGGAUGAAUGUUUACUUCUGCAGUGAGACUGUGAUAGCUUGUUGUGUGUGUGUGUGUGUGUGUGUGUGUGUGUGUGUGUGUGUGAGUGUGUGUGUGUGUGUGUGUUCGUGCAGAUGUAGGAUCUUCAUUUGAGCCAGUUUGCUACAGCAGGAAAAUAAUCCUGCAGCCACAGGACAUUUGAAUUAUUAUGUGGAUUGUAAUUAAUGGCAAUUUUUAUAGGGGUUGAUAUAUUUUUCUUUAGGGCAAAUCAAUUCUGAAAUUUCAAAGUGGAAAUUAGAAACUUUAGAAGCCUUUUUAAAUACCUCAAAUACACUACAUGUUUGCAUUUCCUGCUGUGCAGGAAAAUUCCCCGAAACAAAAGAGUGAUCAAAUGAAGAUCCUACAUCUGUAUGUGAACCUGUUUCUUGUAAUUUGAAUGCGAAAUAACCUUUGUUUAUUGUAUUCUGUCUGUAUUUCCCACAGAUGGAUACUCCACUGUGGAGCAGAGUGACAGAGUGGGUGAUGGGUUACUCCAGGUCAGUGCCAUAUGAGCUCCUUCCUAUCCUAAGGUCAGGAGUUCUUAAAUAGUGACUCACAAGAUUGAAAGGUCCAGUGCAGUAAAAAACGUGAUUUUCCUGUGUUUUAUAUAUAUUUCCACACUAUGAGGUUGAAAUAAGACUGUGAAAUUUUGAAAAUUAUUAUAAUGUCAUUUAAAUGUAAGAAAUUUCCACCAGUUUUGGUGGGAUGGAGUUUUGGCUUGCCUGGUGACAUCACCAGGCUGUAAAUUAGUUAAUAGACCAAUAGGAAGGAGAGUUCCAAACCUCUCUGCUAAUAACAGCUAUUUUUCAUUUUUCCCCUCCCCACUCAUACCACUUCCAGACAGUCCUAGCAAAAUUCUUCCUUGAGAAAUUGCUCUUUACCUUGAAGAUUUUUUUUUAUAUAUAUAUAUUUUUACAAUUUUAAUUGAAAACAAUCACAGUAAGGUACUUAAUUGUUACUCAGAAAUGAUUUGAUAUUGAGAUAAAAACAGCCGCAUUGGACCUUUAACUAAAUACUUAUUCUAUUUUGUUGCAGAGUAUCCCAGAGAGGAAGCACUUCAUCCGGGCUGGAAGGCCUGCAGUGGGUCUGGUGGACCGCAAACCUCCUCCUCUCGACUCCUGGGUCUGAGGCUGGCAGAAGGGAUUAUAGUGCAGGUAAAUUACAUUUCACUUAACUAUUUUAGGAUUUAUGUUUUACUCAUUGUUGUGAUACACAUGUUCAUUGCUUUUGCUAUUGGGGGUCAUAGAUGACGAAAAUAUUUGUCAUUGACCUUUGUCUUUUUUGUUUUGUUUACAGGAGAAAUGA